UGCAGAAGUCACUUCUGUGAGUUGGGGGGUAAAAGGAAGUAAUAUAAAUGAUAAUUUCUGCAUUUCAUACAGCAGUAGCAGACAACAUUUCUUGACUGAUACAACCAUCACUUCAUGAUGACCAAAUUAAUUUUUCUAGCUUGCUUUUCUCUGGCAUUGUGCCAGUUUGGAUUGGCCUCCGAACUGGCAUGUUACUUCACAAACUGGGCUCAGUACAGACCUGGCGUUGGCAAGUACAUGCCAUCUAAUGUGGACCCACAUCUGUGCACUCAUUUAAUUUAUGCUUUUUCCAUUAUUAAUAAGGAAAAUAAAUUGACAACCUUUGAAUGGAAUGAUGAAACUCUCUACAAAUCUUUCAAUGAACUAAAGACAAGAAACCCCAACUUGAAAACUCUGUUGGCUGUCGGAGGAUGGAACUUUGGCUCAGAACAGUUUAGUAUCAUGGUGUCCACACCAGAAAACAGGCAGACCUUUAUUCAGUCCUCCAUCACAUUUCUGAGGAGCCACGGCUUUGAUGGUCUGGAUCUGGACUGGGAGUAUCCCGGUGCCCGUGGAAGUCCUCCAGAAGACAAGCAGAGAUUCACUCUGCUGUGCAAGGAACUCUUGGAAGCUUACACGGCAGAGGGUGCUGCCACAGGACGUCCCAGACUCAUGCUCACCGCUGCAGUGGCUGCUGGGAAAGGAACGAUUGAUGCUGCGUAUGAAAUUGCAGAAAUUGCCAAGUAUUUGGACUUCAUCAGUGUCAUGACCUAUGACUUCCAUGGCUCAUGGGAGACUGUCACUGGACACAACAGUCCUCUGUAUCGUGGCUCUGGAGACACAGGAGACAAUAUCUACUUUAAUACUGAUUUUGCAAUGAAAUACUGGAGAGAUCAGGGCACUCCUGUGGAAAAGCUGAGGAUGGGGUUUGCAACAUAUGGAAGAACGUUUCGCCUGGCGUCUGGAGCCAGUGGAGUCGGAGCUCCAACUAGUGGACCUGCCUCAGCUGGACCUUUCACCAGAGAGGCCGGAUUCUGGUCCUAUUAUGAGAUCUGUACUUUCCUUCAAGGAGCCACCGUGCAAUGGAUUGAUGAUCAGAAAGUUCCUUAUGCAACCAAGGAACAGGACUGGGUGGGAUUUGACAACAAGGAAAGCUUUACGACUAAGGUGAACUACCUGAAGAAGAACAAGUUUGGAGGAGCUUUCGUCUGGGCUCUGGAUCUCGAUGACUUCGCAGGACAGUUCUGUGGGCAGGGCAACUACCCUCUUAUUAGGCAUCUCCACUCACUUCUUAAUACUGAGUCUCUCCCUCCAAAUACAACACAUGUGCCCUAUGAGACCACAACAACAUCAUCCACUGCUCAAUCUACUAGACGUAAAGUUGUACCGACAGCUCCCUCAGGAGCAGAGUUCUGUAAAGGCAGACCAGAAGGAAUUUAUGCAAACCCAGCUGACCCAAUGACCUUCAUUCAGUGUGCUAAUGGCAGAACCUUUGUACAGAGAUGCCCUGCAGGGACCGUCUUCAAUCCCAACUGCUUGUGCUGCGACUGGCCUAAGAAUUAACCUCACGUUAUCACCCUUACACUCCUAAAAAGGAAAUGUGUGGAAUUUUUGCAGUAUUUUUGAAGUACUAGUAUUUAGAGCCACUAGUGGUGCAAUAAUUUCACAUUUUACCUUUAAGUUUGUGUUAAUGUCUUCAAAUUUAACAUACACAGCCAAUGAUAUAAUACUACUUUUGCAAACUAUUUUGUUGGGUCUUUGUGCUCCCUUUUAGUUGUCUGAUUAAAACUAGCAUGAUUAAAAAAGCA